GGCAGCAGUAGGGACAGCGGCUGCGGCAGCACUCGAGCCAGCUCCAGUCACAGUUCGCCCGGGGAGUCAGUCCCCCGUCCCUGCCCACAGCCAUGGACGUCUUCAAGAAGGGCUUCUCCAUCGCCAAGGAGGGUGUUGUGGGCGCCGUGGAGAAGACCAAGCAGGGGGUGACAGAGGCUGCUGAGAAGACCAAGGAGGGUGUCAUGUAUGUGGGAGCCAAGACCAAGGAAGGUGUUGUGCAGAGUGUGACCUCAGUGGCUGAGAAGACCAAGGAGCACGCCAACGCCGUGAGCGAGGCCGUGGUCUCCAGUGUCAACACCGUGGCCACCAAGACCGUGGAGGAAGCAGAGAACAUCGCGAUCACCUCCGGAGUGGUGCACAAGGAGGACCUGCAGCAACCUGCCCCCUCGCAGGAGGACGAGGCGGCCAAAGUGGAAGAGAAAGUGGCUGAGGCGACCAAGAGUGGAGGAGAUUGGAGGGCUGCGGGUGAGCUCGGAGGCCACGGUCCCCCCGUCCUCCCCUGGCUGCCCACAGGGCACAAAGCUAGGAAGCUGGGACCCGGGCAGAAGUCCAGGUGGCCUCGCUCCAGAGCCAAGCAGCUGAUUCCCAUGCUCUGCUACGUCCACCCGGAGUGCGGGGGCUCCAGUGGCGUUAUGGCAGAUGCUGCCACCCCCAAGGUUUCAAAACAACCCAGGGACCAGGGUGGUCGUUGUCCUACACGAAGGGCUGUUGGCAUCAUGCCCUGGAGUCUCGUUCAGAGGUGCCUGAGCAGAGAGCAGGGCUCCCUUUCCUUUGACAGCCAGUUUGGGUUCAGAGCAUCUCAGUGGCUUGCCCCAGCCCUCCAGCCCUGGGCAGAGCUUGGGCCAGCCGAGUGGACCUGGGUAGCUGGGAGCUUCCCAGAGCUCCAAGAUAGGGGAGACCCCGACGGACGUGCAGAAACAGGCCCAAAGAGGAUGACUCAGAGAGCAGCCUUAGAGAGGGUCGAGCCGCCGCACCGAGACGCAGAGGGGGUGGCCUCCAGACUCCGAAGGCGGGCUCUGGAGCGGGAGAGCGCUGGGCGGGGUGGGGGCCCGACCUGCACCCUUGAGCGCCAGGAUGUUGUGCCUCGAGGGUCGUUUUGCUUUUUCUGGGAUCCCUCAGGUCACUAA